GAAUGGUAAAGCUGUUAAGAACCAGCUCUGCUCGUUACGCCGCUACUGUCCAUGGCGGCAUGUAUCAGUGUCACUUGGCUAGUAGCGGCUUUCAGCUUUUAACAUAUUUAUCAUUUUAUCUUAAAAUUCUUCGCCUCACACAUUAUACGGCUAUUUUCUUUACAUUUAUUAAUAAACACCGAUCUGGAUAUAUAUCCACUCUUUAAGUUUUCUAUUUCUUUCAAGCAGUGACUAUAUUAUAUCACAUGAAUAGAUUCAUUGUAUUAGUUGACACGUAAGUGUAUGCAUCGAUGUAUUUAGACAGCUGUACACAUAUUUAAAAGAAAUAAACAUACACGCAUACAAAUAUAUCUAUUCAUUAAUACGAUAAAUAUAUUUUGAAACUCUUCGUAAGUAACCGUAAACAAAUUAAUACGACAAAACCACAACUGAAAGUGUGGUGCAGGAUCAUAAGAACAAGAAAAGGAACGGACCGAGUAGAAAACCAUUUGAAACGACUAGUUCUUUGUCCAAUGCCAUGGAAAGCAACAAAGUAAUGCGUAGCAAAAGUAGAAACAAAAACAGGAACUCGGCGAAUAACGCUCAGCUUGAAGCUCCUUCGUCAUCUACCCAGAAUCAGCGUAGCAGUGGCGGCAGGAUUAGCAGCAACGGUCGGAAGCAGCGUCGAUUAGAACAUCUCAAAAUGGAGCGGAAGCAGCUUGUUCUGUGGCGCUGGCCGUUGCGGACCACAAAAUAUUUUUUAUUUGAAGUCUGGCAUUUACUUUCCACUUACACAAAACAAUUGUUUCAAAGAAAACUUAUGGUGCUGGCUAUCAUACUGGUUCUUGUUAUAUUAAGUGCAGUAUAUAAUCUAAAAGGACCUCACCAACCUUACUUAGCAAUGGUGGAAAAGAAACUGUUUUGGUAUGCAUAUUGGAUAGGCCUUGGUUUUCUCUCUUCUGUUGGUCUUGGUACAGGCCUCCAUACGUUUGUGCUUUAUCUUGGUCCUCAUAUAGCAUUGGUAACGUUAGCUGCUUUUGAAUGUAUGUCUGUUGACUUUCCAGAGCCCCCUUACCCUAACAAAAUUAUUUGUCCGUCAGUUGAAUCAAAAACCAUGUCUAUAUGGAUGAUAAUGAGUAAAGUACGAAUGGAGUCUAUAAUGUGGGGAGCUGGAACAGCUAUUGGUGAGCUGCCCCCAUACUUCAUGGCCAGAACAUCUCGUCUUUCAGGAUCUGAAAGUGAAGAAGAAGAACUCGGUGAACUAGAAGAGCUGGUGCGCGAAAGAAAUGCUAACCCUGGGGAACUAGGCUUUCUUGAUCGGGCAAAGGUUGGCAUUCACAACAUGAUAAAGAAAGUAGGCUUUUGGGGUAUCUUGGCUUGUGCUUCUAUCCCUAAUCCAUUGUUUGAUCUCGCUGGAAUAUUAUGUGGCCACUUCUUAAUACCAUUUUGGACAUUCUUUGGUGCUACCCUUAUUGGCAAGGCUAUUAUUAAGAUGCAUAUCCAGAAACUUUUUGUAAUUUUCUUGUUUAGUGAACAUCACAUGGACCAAGCUAUAAAAGUCAUGAAGUUUAUUCCAUUUAUUGGUCCUUAUACGCAGGCACCAUUUAUGAAAUGGUUGGAACAACAGAAGAAUAAAUUGCAUAAUCCAGAUCCUCGUGCUAGUCAAGGAACUAAUCCAUUAUCAUACAUAUUUGAGAAAGCUGUAUUACUUAUGGUAGCAUAUUUCAUGCUUUCUAUCAUCAAUUCAAUGGCUCAAAAUUAUCAUAAACGGAUGAGCAAAUCUAAAAAUCGUUUGGAUGAUUAAUAAAGAGACACAAAUGAAAUAAUGGUGGUGGGUGGGGGACAUCAUAAAAGAAAGCAAGAUAAAAACUAGUGAAAAAUAUUAAAAAAAAAAAACCAAACCCAAUAAACAUUGAAAUUGAAUAAAGGCAAGUCCAGAAGAACUGGAAUAUGGGAGAAGAAAAAAAAUUGUUAAAA